AUGGCAUCUCUGCUGGACAGAAUAACCAGACCCUCUGCUGCCAUCCUGCAGCUGUCUGUGCUGCUUGGUGUAACCUUUGUGCUGCUGAAGGUGCUCCAGUUCUACUGGGAGAGGAAGAAGCUCAUCAAAGCUCUGGAGGCAUUCCCUGGCCCCCCAAAACACUGGCUCUAUGGUCACAAUCACCUGUUAAAAUCUGAAAAUUUUUUACACCAAGUAGUGUCAUGGGGAGAAGAAUAUCCCCAUGCCUUUCCCAGAUGGUUUGGACCAAUCCUGCCGUCUAUAAUCAUUCACCAUCCUGAAUAUGCCAAAACCAUACUUGGCCGAGCAGAUCCCAAGGCUAGUGCAGUCUACAAACUCCUAGUUCCCUGGAUUGGGAAGGGGCUGCUGAUCUUGGAAGGAAGCAAAUGGUUCCAGCACAGGAAGAUGAUCACCCCAGCCUUUCACUACGAUGUGCUGAAAUCUUACGUGACCCUGAUGUCAGACUCAGUCAAAGUGAUGCUGGAUAAAUGGGACAAGAGGAUCACAGAGAGGAGGUCAGUGGAGCUCUUUCAGGAUGUCAGCUUGAUGACACUAGACAGCAUCAUGAAAUGUGCCUUCAGCUUUAAUUCCAACUGUCAGACUCAGAGCGACUCCCACUAUUAUAUUAGAGCUGUUUUUGACCUCAGCUACCUCCUGAGUGAUAGGAUCCGGAAUAUGCCCUUCAAGAUUGCCUUCUACAACUUCACUCACAACGGCCGCGCGUUUCAGCAUGCCUGCAAGCUGGCCCACACCCACACAGAUCAGGUAAUAAGAGAAAGAAAGAUGUUGCUCUCCAAUGAGAAGGAGCUUGAAAAGAUCCAGAAGAAGAAGCACCUGGAUUUUCUGGACAUUCUGCUUUGUAGCAAGGAUGAGAAUGGAGUUGGGCUGUCUGAUGAGGACCUGCGUGCUGAGGUGGACACCUUCAUGUUUGAGGGCCAUGACACAACAGCCAGUGGCAUCUCCUGGCUGUUCUACUGCAUGUCACUGCACCCUGAGCACCAGCAGCGCUGCAGGGAGGAGAUCCAGGGCAUCCUGGGGGACAGAGACACCAUUGAGUGGGAGGAUCUUGGGAAGAUGACCUACACCACGAUGUGCAUCAAAGAGAGCUUGCGCCUGUUCCCACCCGUUCCUGGUGUGUCCCGAGAGCUCUCCAAACCCGUGACAUUUCCUGAUGGACGCAGCUUGCCAGCAGGCUGCCAGGUUGGAUUGAGCAUAUUUGCUAUUCACAGGAACCGGGAUGUGUGGGAGGACCCUGAGGUUUUUGAUCCCCUGAGGUUUUCUCCAGAGAAGUCAGCACAGAGGCACUCCCAUGCUUUCCUGCCUUUCUCUGCUGGAUCCAGGAACUGCAUUGGGCAGCAGUUUGCCAUGAAUGAGCUGAAGGUGGCCCUGGCCUUGACCCUGCAGCGCUUCGAGCUCUACCCAGACCCAUCCAAGCUUCCCAUAAUGAUACCACAGAUUGUCCUCAGGUCCAGCAAUGGGAUACACCUGCAUUUGAAGAAGGUCAUCUGA